GGACACCAGAAGCGGCUCGUACUUCAUUUUUCCCGUUUCAUCAUACGAGUAUGAAGAAUCUUGCGGUCCUCGCGGCCGUAUUUGUGGCUGCCGCCAUCCCAGCGGUGCAAGCGCAAUCAUCACGACCCCAGCUGGGUUACUUCACAUUCCUCCGGUACCGGAACCAGGAGUGCGAAGGCCGAUACGGUCAGAAUGGAACUUGUGUGACCGAGAGCGAUUGUCAGUCCCGUCAGGGACUUGACGUCGGUCGAUGCGCCGAGGGCUACGGAGUGUGUUGCCGAGUCUCUUUCACGUGCAAGAUGGUGAACAGGAAGAACGAGACCGAGUUCGUGAACCCCGGCUAUCCUAAUGGAGAAACUGGAACUUCAACCUGCGACGUCACCCUCGAGAAAACUUCGGACAUCUGUCAGAUCCGUCUGGACUUCAUAGAGUUCUCAUUAGCUCAACCCGACGAGAAAGGUCUCUGCUCUCGUGACUCGUUCAUGGUCAGGAACACCGUUGGGGAGAAAUUCCCCAUUCUCUGUGGUGAAAACAGUGGUCAGCACAUCUACAUCGAUAUGGGACGUCAGUCUGGGAACCCAGUGGUACUGUCAGUCGUGUCGACAGGAGCUCAUUCGCACGAGCGUAAGUGGAGGAUUAAAGUGUCCUACAUCCCUUGCGGAUCGCUUGAUAUCGUUCCACCCGGAUGUCUGCAGAACUUCCGAGCGCCGAGCGCCAUCGUCCGUUCGUUCAAUUACGGAUCUCCACUGACCGGCAAUGUGCGCUACCUCUCCAACCUCCGAUAUUCGGUCUGUCUUCGUGUUGAAGAAAACUUCUGCUCUAUUAAAUGGGAGACCGAAACCGAGGACUCAUACAGCUUCGGACGUCCAUACGAGAGCGGUACCUCGGGAGCAAAUUGCGAAGAUGACUUCAUCACCAUCGAUCAAGGUUCCACCUAUGGAAUGGGUCCCGGAGAGGACAGAUUCUGUGGCAGUCGUCUCCAUGAGAGAAACGUUCUCAUCUCUCACAGUAAACCGUUCCUGCUACGAGUCACAUCCAAUAGCGAUGCGGCUGGAAACUCGAUUGAGUCUCAAACUGGCUUCUCCCUGAGAUACACUCAGCUCCCUUGUGUGGAUUAAGGGGGAUGAGAUAUUCUAGGACAUCUCAAGUAGAUGAGGACGCACAUUUUCGAGAUGGAGCAAGAA